GAAAAGAGUGAGAAAGAUGAGGUAUUGGUGAUAGAAGGCAUUGAAUUGGAUAAGAGAUAUUGGGUUCAUUUUAAUGUGCUUGUUAAUGUUGUUGAUGAUGGCUCCGAUGUGUGUCCGGGGAAUACUGAGUUUGUAGGAACGUUUACGACCGUCCCGCAUGGUCACAACCACCGUGGAAAGACGUCUUUACGAGUUGUGAUAACGGAGGUGCUUAAAGAGUUGGGAAUAGAGGACGAUGAGAGUGUGAUUGUGAGGCUCGACCCUAAGGUUGGUGGAGACAAGGUCACCAUUGGAGGGAUGAAGAUCGAACUUCAGCCAAAAGGUCGGUAG